UAUAAGAAGUUGACAACACAAAAUAAGCUAAAGUGUGUUAUUUCAAAAUAGUAAUUUUGAAAGUUUUAGACGCUAGUGUUAGCUUUUAACUUAGCUUCGCGACUUAAAAUGGUCAAACCGCGGACCGGGUUUUAUGUAGAACUGUUUUAUCCAAUAUAAAAUGUAAAAGCUAAAAAAAAUCCAUGUGGUUUUCACAGGUAUUUGAAUGUAAACAUUUAAAAAAUGACUGCGGUGUUGCCCCGGUUGUGCAGCUUAAGACCCGUUUUAAAGGAGGACAAACCAAAAAGGGUAACUCCAUCUGUUUACACCCAUGAGAUGUUGCUGUCCACAGAGGAGCGUCUGGCGAACACCAAGGAGGUGCACUCCCCCCGCAUCCUGGAGCUGCUUGACAUGAGCGAGACUACGCAUCACAAAUCGUCCAUGGUGGAUCUGGACCAGCCUCUUUUCCAGCCUUAUCCCUCAGAGCUGGUCUUCCAGAACUUCACUGCUUCAGAGACCUACAAGUUACAGCUGCGUCUCCUCAACAUGGACAAGGUUCCCAGGAGAGUCCGGCUGGAGAUGCAGGACUCGGAGUUUUUCCGAGCCCAUGUUCCUGACCAGGCUCUGGGCAGGAUCGCACCAAGCUGCUGCGCAACCUUCUCCAUAUUCUUCUCUCCUCAGGAGAACAAGGACUACCACCACACGCUGGUUUUCGUGACCGACAGGGAGCGCUUUGCCGUCGCGGUCCGUGCCAUUGGGCCACGCGCCAUUCUGAACUUUCGAGAUGAGCUCCGUUUACCCAUCUGUCCCGUGAAGGGCUCCACGGAGCGGCUGCAGCAGGUCAUCAACGUUGGAAACAGCACGGCCAAGUUUGAGCUGCGAACACAGAGGCCUUUCGCAGUGACGCCCUCUUGUGGGACUCUGGAACCGGGCGAGAACUUGCAGGUGGUUGUUACAUUUAACCCCAUGAAUGUAGGAGACCACAGUCAAGACCUGCUGGUGCACUACCAUACAGGUGAAGACGUUUAUGUCACCUUGUUUGGGACGUGUGAGGAACUGGACGUCCAUCUCAGGUCCGACUCCCUCAUGUUGAAGAGCACCUACAUCUCUCUGGCAAACGUACACACAGUGUCCCUCACCAACAGGAGUGACAGCGUUCUUCAGUACCACUGGUCCGUGUGGCCCACCCAGGAGGAGGAGGACCUGAGUCUGUUGAGAGAGACCUCGGUUUGGCAAAACAUGGAGGUAGACGAGAGAGAACAGGUUCUUUUCCAGUGCUUGUCUGACCCAACGUUGAUCUAUUGCGUCCCCCUGCUGGACAAAGCUCUACAGGUUGCUAAACGUCAGGCUGCACAGGAAAGUUUGGCCCUAUCAGACGACUGCAUAACUCUGGAGCCAGCGGUCAGAAGCAGAGUACUUGAAAGAUACGUUUGGCAAAACAUGGAGGUAGACGAGCGGGAAAAGGUUCUUUUCCAGUGCUUGUCUGACCCAACGUUGAUCUAUUGCGUCCCCCUGCUGGACAAAGCUCUACAGGUUGCUAAACGUCAGGCUGCACAGGAAAGUUUGGCCCUAUCAGACGACUGCAUAACUCUGGAGCCAGCGAAAGGUGAAAUUUGGCCCAAAAUGACUCAACAGUUCACCGUUGUCUUCAAACCCAAGGAAGCAGAGCCGUAUCAAGAAACCAUCUACUGUAAUAUCACAGGACGUCAGUCUCGGUUACCACUCACAAUCCGUGGAGAAGGCUUGGGACCACAGCUCUGGCUGGACUACAGUCUGAUGAAUAUGAAAAAUGUUUUCAUGGGAGACAGGAACUGUUACGAGGUGCUGUUGUCCAACAAAGGUCUGAUCGAUGCUUCUUUCAAGUUCUCACGCCCCGACACCUUCUACGGCCGCUGUUUUUCCUUCAGUCCAGAAGGGGGUGUCAUUCCCUUUGGGUCCUCCAUGACUGUCAGAGUCACCUUCCAAAGUCACACCUUAGGGACUUUCUCUGAGGAAUUGCUCCUAACUGUUGAAGGACAACCAGAACUUCUGACCCUGACCUUCAGGGGCUGCGUUGUUGGUCCCACGUUCCACUUUGACGUUCUGGAGCUUAACUUUGGAGAUGUGGCCUUUGGUUUCCCACAAACAAUGACCUGUACCCUGUUCAACACUUCCUUUGUGCCCAUGAACUUUGUCCUGCGAGUCCUGGGAGACGGUCAGGGGUCUCCCAGUGUAACCAGUGACAGGCAGGUGUGUGAGAUGACCUUGAACAACUGGCAGGGCGGCGCCGCCAAAGACCCUUGGUCACGGCCUGUGGAGUUCAGCGUCAGCCCUGCUGCCGACUCGGUCCGCGCCAUGUCUGACGUCACUAUUAAGGUGACUCUGUGCUCCAACACAGUCAGGACGUACAGACUGGCCCUGGUGGUGGAUGUGGAAGGUGUCGGUGAAGAGAUCAAGACUCUGCCAAUCAAUGCCAGAUGUGUUGUUCCAGAGGUUUCCGUGGAAACGCCGUUGGUCGACUUUCACAGGUGUUUUCUCAAUCAUCCCCAUGAGCAGCACAUACGAGUGUCCAACCCCAGCGCCCUGCCCGCCUGCUACGGUCUUCUUGACCAGGAAUAUGAAGAGUCUCCGUUGUUACUCUUUUUCUCCUCCAAACCCAGAGGGGUGAUUCCUCCUCACUCCUCAGAGAAGAUUCCCGUCACCAUUUUGGCCAAAUUCACUGGAAGGCUGCACCACGUUCUUCGCAUCACUGUAUUUGGCAGCUCCCAUGCUCCACUGGAGGUGAUCUUGUCAUGUGUCGGUCAAGGUCCAGUCGUCUACAUUCAGAACCCACAGUUGGACUUUGGCAGAAUCCCGGUUCUGAAGGACGCCACCAGAACUCUACUGCUCUUAAACCACUCCCCUAUUCCAGCCAGCUUUAAAACAACGAUGAGCCACAGAAAGUCCUUUUGGAGAGUUCUGCCCAGUGAAGGAGAAGUUCCGCCCGACAACCAGCUGGAGCUUCAGGUAGUGGCCCACCUCAGGGACACAACCCACUUUCAGGAGAAGAUGGAGGUGUCGAUCCAGGACGGUCAAACGCACGCAGUUCUUCUGUCGGCCACAGGCACCGGCUCCACCAUCGUCAGCGACAGACCGUUUGCCCCGAGUCUUGACCUAGGAACUCACUUUAGUCACGGACCGUGCCAGUACCGCUUCAAACUGACCAACCGUGGACAUAGGACCCACUGGAUGAACUGGGGAGGCAACGGAGGGUUCAACGCUCAGUCUAAAACCCGCCUCAGCAGCCAAGGUUUUUUACCUCCCAUCUCCUCACCGAAGAAGAAAGACCUCCCGCUCCACGGCUCGAUGGUGGCCCCCAGAGAAGACCCCGUGUUUAGCCUCAGCCCACGUCGAGUCAAGCUGUUACCGGGCUGCUCCGUUGACAUGGUGCUGACGGGAUUUUCCGACACUGCUAAGGUUGUGCAGGAGCUUCUGGUGUGUCGCGGCACCAUCGGUGACCACGGCUGCAUCCAGAAGCUCAUGUCGGUGGACGUGUCCUGUCGCUUCGUGACUCCUCUGCUCAGCUUCUCCUCCAAGCAGCUGAACUUCUCCGUUACAAAGGUCCCAGGACAGGGUCUGAGGCCCAUGUUUGAGAAACUCCUGUUGAAGAACAUUUCGUCGCUCUCCGUCUCCGUGAAGCUCUCCGUAGGAGAACCGUUCUCCCUGAGUGAGGCUCCAGAACCACAGACCUGCGUCAGUGCUAAGUCUUUGGUUUUGGGGGACGGACAAGAGGUGGGUUUGUGGAUCUGCUUCGAUCCAGGAGACUCUCUGGAUCAGCUGUCACGAACAUUUGAUGAGUCUCUCAGGGUGUCGUACCUGGGGCACCCCCAUCAGGACGUGGUGGAACUGCACGCCGAGGUCCACUUCCCCAACCUCCACUUCUCCACCAGCAGAGUGGACUUUGGCUGCGUGUUCAACUACACGGAGGCUCAGAGGGUCAUCACCAUGACCAACUGUUCCAAGCUGCCCGUGUCCUACCACUGGACGUUCCUGAGGAGGCGGAGUCGCUGCAGCAGCAGAGAGACAGUUUUGGACCCAGAGGAGGAGGAGGAGGAGGAGGGGCAGCAGAAGAGUCCAGACACUGACGUUGAAGAUGACCGGGUCUUUCCUGGAGACUCUUCAGCCGCUUUUUCACCUGCGUUUCCAUCCAGGCCCAGUGACCAGUGUGAGAGGGUCUCCUCGGUGCAGGUGGAGGAGGUGUUCGACGUCCUGCCGAUGCACGGUCACCUCCAGCCUGGGGAGAACCAGCUGGUCUCCGUCUCCUUCUGUGGCCACGGACACAUCAGCAGCGAGGUGGUCGCCCAGUGCCACGUCGACGGGGGGCCCAGGUAUGACGUCCAGCUGAGCGGAGAAGCAUCCGGAAGCAGCUACAGCCUGGACCCCACCCACAUCGAUUUUGGCCUGCUGCUGUUCGAUCACCAGGGGGAGGCCAAGGUGGUCCUCAGAAAUACCGGCAGAGUUGGGUUCACAUUUGAAAUCCUGCAGCUACCGGUAGAAGAGGAGGAGGAAGAGGAGAAGAGUGAGGCAGAGGAGGAGGAAGAAGAAGAAGAAGAAGAGGGAAAGGAAGAGGGAAAGGAAGAGGGCGCGGUGAACGACGACGCCAGUGAAGAUGUGGAUCAGGAGAAGUCCCCCGAGGAAGAAAGGGAGCGUGAAGAAGGAGAAGGAGAAGAAAAAGAACGAGAGGAAGUAGAGAGAGAAAAGUCGCAGGAGUUCAAGGAGCCAGCAGUGGAAGCACCGAAGGACGACGUGCGGGAGAUCAGACCCGGUCAACCCAUGGUCAUCCCCAGAAUGGGCUACAUCGAGGCCGGUUCUGAACAAACGCUGCGAGUCCUCUACAUCCCUGGUCUCCCGGAGGUUUUUGAGAAACAGAUCACCCUGCAGGUGGCGUUCCUGCCUCCUCAGGACAUCACCGUGACCGGGGAGGGAGUUUUCCCACGGGUCCUGCUCAACCUGCCUCGGAAAUUUGAUGAGUCCUACGAGGAUUUGCUCACGGAGGCCAGAGCAUUUUUGGCGUCAAAAGAAGCCAGAGAUCCAAUCCGUGGGUCAGAGAGUGAUGGAUCACCGAUCACCUUCUUACUAACACAAGAAGAGCGCCUCCACAUGGAGAUUGAGAGAUUACUGGUCAAAGCAAACGCUCUGGCCAUGACCAAAGGCCUGCUGGAGAUCAGAGGUGAAGGGUCUUCCUGCAGGAAGUGGUACAAACUCAGCAAGUUUAUUCUCCCAGACUACAUCCUUGAUUUUGGAUACGUCAUUCUGGGAAGGGUUCACACUCACACCGUUGACAUCACCAACACCGGAUUGGUGCCUGUGUCCUUCUAUGGCAAUUUCAAACCUCUUAUCGGCAAAGGUUUCACUGCAGAGUUCGACAGAGUGACUAAAAUGCCCUGUCGCCAGUCACUGUCCUUCACUGUGAAGUUUGAUCCUAAGAAGGCUCAGCUCCCCCUGGGGGAGAUAAGUGUCAUCGUACCAAUACAGGUGGUUGGUGGUCCCACGGUGCAUCUGCGGCUCUGUGCAGUGGUGACCAUGCCGGCUGUGACCGUCUCCUCUGACAGUCUGCACUUUGACCCUGUGCAGUGUGGCAUGUGCCAGGUGAAGAUGAUCCAGCUGUCAAAUCGGGAGCCUGUGCCUUGUUACUGGAACAUAUUUGAGGAUUUGAGGCCUGUAAUAGAGAUCAAUAAGUUCCUGCCUCCUUACCUGAGGAAAAAGCUGCUGGAUGAGCAGCCGCCAACGAUACCAGCAUUUCAGGUGAUUCCCAACUCUGGGAGUUUGGAUCCUGAUGAACGACUCAAUGUCCAGAUAAAGUUCAUUCCCACAGUAGAGGAUGAUUACAACAGGAAGAUCAUCAUCAGUGUAAAAGAGAGCAGCAAAGACGUCAUCAUUAGCGCUUGGGGUAAAAGUGAGGAGCCAAAACUCGAGUUCUGCCCACUGAUCCUGGAGAUGAAACCCUGUCUUCCUGCCAGCACCGACAUCGAGGGCGAGGUCAUAGUCAAGAACCCGUGCUCUUUUCCCAUCGAGUUCUUCUGUCUGGAGUUCGACACUCAGUACAUGGAGGAGGAAAAGGUCCUGCGUAUGAUGCCGGGCUACGCUGACAACGUUCUACUGCUGCCCACCAGAGAACCUGGAGAAAGUCUCCCCAAAGAGCUGGUGGAGUACUAUGACAAGUAUUGCUGUAACCUGACGGAGGAAGAACUCACUCCAGAGAUAAACAGUGGGACACAGGUACUGGACUCUCACAACCACAGGGGCCCUGCUAUUAUUUUGUACGGCGGUCCGAUGACAGAUGAGAGCGGCACUCCAUCUGCUCUGGCCGAUCACUACGAAGGGGUGUGUCUGAAUUUCGACACCGUGGUCACAGAUGUGCUAAGAAACGGAAUCUCUCCAGCAAGUCUGGCAGCAAAAAAACUCCUUGACCAGGCUGCGACACAGUAUUACGAGAAAGAGGCCGCAGUCACAUGUUCCGAUGUUCCUACUUCAAUUCGCACGGCUCCUCCGAUACUGGAAACUUUAGACGACUCUAGAAAACACAGUGAGGAGGACAAGGAGAGCAGCGUUCAAUCUCAGGAGCCGGAAUGCUCGUUCUUGGACCUUUGUCUGCGAGGAGACGCGAUGAACCUCAAUAAUCUCUUACCUACUCAACUACUGGCUGAUAUCAUGUUGGAAAGAUUUCAGUUCGGCGACUGUUUCCGAGCCAUGGUGAUUCACGGCCUGAAGUCCAUCUACACUCCGUCGCUGGCAAGCACACUUCAAGUCAUACUGAAAGCCCUUCAGGACCGCAGGCACAUCUACGUGGUCAGCCUGUACGAUUCCUACUUUGCCGACAUGAUAGAGGAAAAACGCAAACGCCAGAGAAAGAGAAUAGAAGAAUCGGUCAGCCUGGCCGGGAGCUUCGUCGGCCCCAACAUGGACGAUGACCUGAAGCCUGCAGGCAGAAGAGACAGCGUCAUGUCGGACUCGUUUGCUUUAGAACUGCUGGAGGGGAAAAGGAAGCGCCACAGAGGAAGAAGAAAUCUGUCCGAGCCCUACAUUUUUGAGGAGGAUGAAGGAAGCAGGGAAGUAGUGGCCAGCAUGUUUGACACGUACGUGAGCGAGCACCGGAGACACCAUAGAAGACGGAGCAUAACGUCCCGCUCUGUCGACGAGACUGCGGAAAAAACCAAACAUCACAGGAGGAGAAGCCACAUGUCAGAUCCUGAGGGGCAGGGGGAGGACAGAGGUAGGCACCACCGAAGAAGGAAAGGAAUCUCCCGCCAGUUGUCUGACCCCGUGGACGCCCCUCUGAGGGAUGAAAAAAAAAGGGAAGGGAGACACCACCACCGAAAAAGAAGGGAGAGCCCGCGACACGUGUCGGACACUGCCGUGGAGAGCAGAACAGAGGACGCGGAAGGACAUCACAAGACUAGGACAACCAUGUCUGACUCCCACACUCCACACAGGAGGGGGGACAAAAAUAGACACCACAGAAGAAGAAGAAAAAGAUACGAUCAGGAGCAGGACCAGUCUGAUCACGAGGCUACGGACGCGAAAGAUGACGGGAAACAACCGAGUGACGAGCCAACGGAAGAAGGACGGAGACACCGUAGAAGAAUGAGAAAAGACGGCGCGACCGUCAUGUCAGACUCUGCUGCCGAGAGGAAGGAGGACAAACCACGGCAGAAGAAAGGACAGGAGGACAGGAUCAGCCUGCCUAACAUGUCCAUGGACGAGGUGAUGGAAGACGAAGAGAAGGAGAGAAAGGACAGCUCAGUGGGUUUGUCCGACUCUUCAGCCACGGCCCAGGACACAUCGGGGUCUCAACGGCUGGGAAGGAGUGGCAGAAGAUCGGCUUUGUCCGACAAUGUCACAGGUGGGGCGACGAUGGGGAGAAAAAGAACCUCAUCGAGAAAAAAACGAGGUGGAGUGACGACGUCUGAGCCAGGUUCUCUUAUGAGAGCAUUGGACCAGGCGUUCAAGAUUCCAGAACCUGGCAUAACAUCCUCCCGGAUCUCUUCUCCUAUGAAACACCUCCACUCCAUGAAAGCAACUCCGUCUCCUCCACCCAUAGAUAAGUUAGUGAGAGAAAAAGCUCUGGUGAUUGAAAUGCAGGCCCAGCUCACCAACUACGAGAAGAACAAGGAGCAGGUGAACCACAUCCUGAAGUACUGGGACCGGACCAAGGGCAUGUUGCUGGUUCCACUGCCUGAAAAAGAGGCUCAGCCUGAGAAGAAGGCCCCAGAAAGAAGAGGUAAAAAAGGCGGCGCCAAACCAGCGUCUCCUGCUCCGAGUCAACUCACAACAAAGGCUGAGCCCGAAAAGGAGGAAGAACAGCUGUCUCCAGAGAAGCUCGUCCCUCACAUUGUGUUGAACAUCACAGAGAAAGGGGGCGCCAACGUGGAAGAGUUGGUCAGAGACAGUAUACUGCCCUCUGUGGAUGAGGUCUUGGAUGAUCUCGGUCUUGGACCCCACAACACUCCUACCGUCACUUUGUCAGUGGUUCCUUUUCCAAAAGAGAGGCACGACCUAAACAACCAGACGAUCAAUGACUGGUUCACCUUCCUGGACCCCGCAGGGCUGGAGGAUCAUGACGACAAGAGGGACUCGGAUGAAGAAGUGAAGGGAAGUGCGUCAGGAAAGGAUAAAAAAGGCAAAGAGGCUCCGAAGAACAGACGCCAUUGUCCGGCCAAGACCAGAGCGAGGGGUUCUGGGCGUCAUGGAACCUCUGCCAAGCACGAAUUCACAGAACAUGAGCAGCACCUGGAAAUUCUGGAUCAGAAACGUAACCAAAGCCUGACUUCGUUCCGCUGGGUUGUUUCUGCGCACAGUGAGAUGGUUCUCAGGACCUGGUUCUACUCUGACUCUCUGGGGAAAUACAAACAGAGGUACAACUUUGAGAUAGUGGGGAACAAGAAACACUACCGGCUCCUCUGCCGAGGAACCUGUGCAUAUCCAUCCAUCUCCAGAGACUACAUGACCUUGUUUGCUAACAGUAAAGUCUUGCCAAAAGCCGUGGAGAGGAUGGCGAAGACCUACGUCAUCAACCAGGGCUACUUUGAAUUUGGACCACUCCUGUGUAACAAAAGCAGAGAGAGAUACAAGAAUAACGGAUAUGUGGAAAACACGGAGAAACUGGUGAUUCACAACGAUUCAGGUCUGGAGACCGAGGUCCAGUUCCAUUUCCAGUACGACACACAGGCCUCCACGUAUCUGCUGGAUCCUCCGUCCAUGACGCUGCAACCAGACGAGAAGCAGGAGUUGACGAUAUGGGCGUAUCCAACACGAGUGGGACAAGUAAAAGACAGUGUGCUGUGCUGUGUCAAGGACAAUCCUGACCUUGUGAACAUUGACCUCUCCUGUUGGGGAGUUUGGCCACAGGUGGAGCUGGAAGGCCGAUUUUUGCACUUUGACAGGAUUCUGUUGCACAGGGAGGAAAGGCGCACCGUGAUCAUACAUAACCGAUGUGGGCUGUGUGUGUUUUGGCGACUCCAGGACCUGGAGUUCCUGGGUGAUGAGUUCACCGUACCCCAGGAUCAGGGAAUCCUCUCACCGUACGCUUCAUGCGUCAUGGUCAUAAUCUUCGGGGCCAAGAGGCCAGUGCACGUUAAAAAGAUGCUACGACUGGAGGUGUCAGAUGUGGAGAAAAUUCUUGGUGUCGUACAGACGGAAAACAUCAAGAUCACAGCUGAGGCCUACGAUAUUAACCUGGUCACCUCACCACCAGAUGGGCUGCUGAACUUUGGAAUCAUUCGUGUCUUUGAAGAGUCCAAACUUACUAUCAAGAUGAAAAACCAUGGGAAAUAUGAAAUUGCCUUCCAGUUCUUACUGAAGCAGACUCGGCCCAGUCAGCCAAAGCUGGACCAGAUCUUCACAAUUAUUCCUGAGUCUGGUGUUCUCAAGCCCCACGAGAAGGCUACCAUCAUCCAGGUGGUCUGCACGCCUAACACUGAAGUGUCCAUACGAGACCAACCCAUUCUGCCCUGCCAGGUGAUUGAACCCAACAUUGGAAGCGAAGGAGAAGCCAUCGCUACGCUUACCUUCAAGAUUACCGUGAAGUCGGUCUACUCCAGAUUCAAGAUCUCACCUCCAAAGGAGCUCCACUUUGGUCCGAUGGCGUUCCAUGGCUUGAAGAAGAGCCUGAGCUUCACCAUAGAGAACAUUGGAAUCUUUGAGAGUCAGUUUAGCAUCUGUCUAACGUCAGAGCUGCCGGUCGCAACGAAGCAAGGAGGUCCAGGUAAAAAGGCUCUGCCCUGUACAGCUGCUCCCAAAACGAGGCGCGACUCCCUCCAGAAGGACUGCAGCGUGGUACAUAGUCGUAUCGCGGUGGGGGUCUUUGCGGUGUCCCCCUGCACGGGGCUGUUGCUCCCGGCCUCUCAGCAGACGGUGAUCGUGGACUGUGCACCUGAACAGCUGGGCUCUUUGAUCCAGAACCUGCUCAUUGACAUCAGUGACCGCGACCCGUCACACCAUCCUGACGGCAUUCCGUACAGACUCCUGGCUGAAGUCUGCAAGCCGAGCAUAUUGUUAGACAUGGCCUCCAUCUUUGAGGAGAACUACCUGUGCCACACCAGCCAGGAUCUCCUCUCCGAGCAGUUUCACAACACUGACGGCGUGUUCGUCCUAAACGAGAACAAGUUGUCGUUCAACAAAGUGCUGGUUGGACGGACUGCAAAGACGCGCCUCAAAUUCUCCAACAACAGCAAAGUGCCCUGCGUGAUCAACCUGUUCAUCAAGUACAAUCCCAUCAAGGUCACUCGCAACAUGGAGGUGUUUGAUGUGUCCACACCAACAGUGACCAUUGGCAGCCAAUCACACUCCUUCAUCUACAUCACCUUCAACCCGCGGGCCACGCUGAUGUACCACGCCGUGUUCGAGGCUUCCAUGGAAGGGUUCGGCCGAGCAACAACAGCCAUCAAGAUCAAGGUGCUGGAGUUCGACCUGACAGGAGAGGGCAGUCUCCCCAGUGUGAGUGUGAUACGUCCCAGUCUGAGGAACAACAGAGGAAACCCUGUGUUACACUUCAGACGGUUGUUGGUGGGACGGAGACAGUCCCUGCCUCUGGUGCUGCUCAACGAUGGACACGUCCCAGCUCAGGUUCAUGUUGACCUGGUGGAUAAACAAGGUGUUUUCACUUUCCUACCCGCCGCUGACAACGACUGCAGCAGCAUCCAGUCUCUGUCGGAGAACUCCACUGACACAGAUGUGCAGAGAGCGCUCGUGAGCCUGGGUGUCGGCAAAAAGGCCGGGUUCGAGGUCAUUCUCAGCUCCGACGAGCCUGUGUUGGUGAGGACCAAGCUGACGAUCGAGGUGGAAGACAACAAGCACUGCAAGACCUUAGUCAAGGUGUUCGGAGAGACGUACAAGGAGGUGGUGACGCUGGACAACAUCAGGUCGCCGCAGGAGACGCAUCACGACGACAAUGAAAAAGGCAACUACGAGUUGCUGAACUUUGGCGACUGCCACGUGGCCUGUCGUUACGAAGAGAGCUUCACCAUGACCAAUCACAGCGAAACCAAAGCGGUGAGGUUUGAGUGGCCCCCUGCUGGACAACAGGGCAACGUCUUCUUUUCACCACAGGUGGGACACCUUCACGCUGGUUGUUCCAAGGAGGUGACCGUGACCUUCAGGUCCAGGCAGCCAGUGACUCUGAACAAUCAGUCCAUGAUGUUCAAGUUCUGUCAGCUGGACUACCAGGAGCCCAUAGACCAGGUGCCAGACUGGGACGACAAGAGGAAGACGAUGGAGUUGACCAGCGCCUCAGAACUGACUUCAGAGACACAGUCUCAGGCGCCCAUGAAGGUGGUUAAACCUGAGCCUGAGCCGUGCUGCUCUGUGGUCGACGGCUCACAGCGGGAGCUGGAGUUACGCAUCAAAGCCGUCUGCGACUACGCCAAGUUCAGCUACUCUCCGGAAAACAUCGUCUUCAAGGAGACCAUGCUCUACCAGACCUCAGUCCGACAGCUCAAGAUAACCAACCAGGGUCGCGUCAAGGUCGAAUACGUGUGGCAGGUGAUCAUGGAGUCGGCUCCGCCUGACAUCGGUACCGGUGUCAGCCAAGAAGGCGAAGCCUCCGUUUCUUCACGUGGAAGCAAGUCGGCAAAGUCCUCGUCUAAAACCCGCCCAGUCAGCGUCAGGCCCGGCGCCGUUUCUGCCCCCGUGACGGAGAGCCUCCUGCCGACGCCCUUCAGUGUGGAGCCCAGACUCGGCGUCAUCGAACCUGACUCCUCCAAGACCUUCGACAUUUGCUUUUCACCUCUGGAGGUGUCGACAUUUUACGGCAGGCUGGUCUGCAGUAUUCCAAACCUCCAGGAGGGAGCCCAAGUCCCCCAUAUCCCAGUCACCGGAGAGAGCACCCUGCCGGACUACCACAUCGACCUGGAGGACUCCGACUACAUUAGUGGGAACCGCCGCGACCCUGAGAUCACGGAACCUCUGGACCCCAACACCAGGAUCCUAGAGUUCAACGCUCUUGGUAUCUCUCUGCCGUUACAGAGAACAUUCGCCUUCCAUAACCCCACCAGUGAAACCUACACGUAUGAGUGGAAGUGUGAUGCUGAAAGUACCGGCCCGUUCCUUUGUGUGAACCAGUCUGGAAGCGUCCCACCUGGGAAGAAAGUGGAGAUGUGUUUCGAGUACUUGUCAGAGCAGCUGGAUGUGGUGGAGUCCCCCUGGAGUCUGGUGGUCCAGCCUCCGUCCCUGGUUCUGCCCUUCCUGUUUGUGGGACUCACCAGAGAACCCAACCUGUACCUCAGCAGACCCUGCCUCCACUUUGGUGAAUUAGUCAUCGGUCGACAGGAGGAGAAGAAAGUGGACCUGGUGAACUCGGAGGACGAGUCUUUUUCUUUCUCCUUUUCUCUGUCGUCUCUGGUCGCUGAGGACCAGGUGUCCAGACUCACCGUGGAGCCCAUGAGCGGCACAGUGGGGCCCAAAGAGAGGUUGCCACUGUCGGUCGUCUUCACGCCCUGCCGUGACGGCCCGGUCAGCAUGAGGUUGGUUCUGAUGGUGGAUAGAAAGACAGAAACUCUGGGUCUCACAGUCAAGGCCAAGUGUUACGCCAUGACCACCGUGGUGCAGGUUCAGAAUCCGGCCGGGAAAGUGAAGGACGUCAAAGCUAACCGUCAGGACACCUUAGACUUCGGAAUGGUUGGGAUUCUGGAGCGAUCCACCUUCAACUUCACCGUCAACAAUCAGGCUAAGUUCAGCUCAGAAGUGAACUUUGAAGUCACGGGUCCCAGUCCCGUGUUGAAGUACCUGGAGGUCAAUCCAAAGGUUGAGAACCACGUCGUCAAAGUGGGAGGACAGCUGCUGUCCUCGCUGUCCUUCUGUCCUCGAGGGACCUGCACUCUGAAGGAUGUCCAUCUUAGCAUCAAGAUCAAAUACGGCCCGACAUUUAAUUUUACCAUCGAAGGUAAAUCCAUGGCUCCUAACCUGGAAUACUCCUUCACCAAGUUCAACUUCGGCAAAUGUUUCCUGUACCAGCCUGGAAUGGUGACGGCUUCCAAGGUUUUAACCAUCAGCAACAACGGAGAACUGGAAACCAAUGUGCAGUGUCAGUCGGAGAACACGUCCUGUCUGAAGAUCCGCUUCCAGCCCGGUAUCCUGGGCCCCGGCGCCGUGAUGGAGGUUCCCGUGACCUUCUACCCACGUGAAGUUCGUUUGUACCGCAAGAGGAUCAACUUCACCGCCAACGGCAAUUUCCCGCAACAGGUGGACGUGGAAGGAGAGGGCGUGGAGUUGAAGCUGGCUGUAGCCAAUCCCUGGGAGAGGAUCGUUAAACUGACGUCUGUGUCGGUGGGUCAGAAGGUGGCGAGAAAUGUGGUGGUGGUCAAUCGUAGCCUCAUAGACGUCGCCUUCACUUUUUCACUUAGCGUGAAAUCCAAGGACCUGACGUUCACCCCAGCAGGUGAACUGAACCUGGACGCCCGCGGUGGUUCCUGUGUGGUCCACGUCCAGUUCGCUCCUCGGGAGCAGGUUCCUCCUUUUGAGGCCACGCUCCACGCAUCGUUCCUGGGCCUCUUACACCCCCUGCUGACCAUCCAAGCUUCCUGUCAGUAGUUUGUACUGACGGUGCAGCAGUUCAGACUCAACCAUGAAGUGUGUGGUGUGUGUGUGUGUGUGUGUGUGGGUACCAGAGUCUCUGG